CCUUGUCCCGCGUCACCCAGGCUUCGUCGAUUGCGAUAAAUAAUUCAGAUUCCAGUUCUAGACUGCAAGUUGCAGUCGUAUAACUUAAAUCUUGGCAAUGGGUACGGUAAUCGCUCUGAUGGUGAUCCUCAGCAUCGUGAUCAACGGGCCUAGCGGGCACACCUUCGCCGCACCUGUUCAGAACCCCGAGGCCGAACACCCCCCAACCAGUCCCGACGUCGUUCGGCUGGUGCACUACCUAACCUACCUGCUGGACUACAUCAUCCGGCACUACGUUCCGGACUGGAGCCUGCACCCCAACCAGAACGCAACCCACUACUUCGAGGAGGCCAUCCUCGAAGGUCGCACCGAUGAGCCCCGCCAGGACGGCGUGAAAAGACCGGCCAAACCUGACGACGUCACGGCCGAAAAGACGAUUCAAGUGGUGGAUCAACUCAGUCAUGAAAUCAAGCCGUAACCUUCGCGGUCCCAUCCAUAAAAGUCAAUAAACCUAAAAGCUAUUCUCACCUUUUGAAACACCCUAAAAAAACGGGUGGUCGACUUUCGGCGAGAAAGAAAACUUGAAUUUGGUCGCGAUUUGCAUAAGGCAGUCCGCGGUGACCUUUGGGCUCGGAGGGGGAGACCUUUUCACCGGGCGCGACUAAAACCGGUUGAUCUUAAUGAUCUACCGAGUUCGAUUUGGUCGUGCAAUAUGUGUGUGUGUGUGGGUUGAGGUUCAUCGACAUUUUGACUGGGAGGGCCUUUGGGAUCAAUCAAUGUGGACAGCCGGUUGACACAAACUUGUUUGAGAUUUCAUGUCGAUUGAUUUGUGAGAAAAAAGCGUUCAUCGUAGUGUUGAUUUUGACCUUGAA